UGAUGACGAUGAUGCCAGCCCACACCCAGAGCGCGGUUAUAAGUAUUCGUAAUCAUCGCCGUGGAAACACGUCUCCAUCGCCAUCGACAUCAUUGAUCAACUCUAGCACCUUCCUCUCGCUCUUGGGAGAUAUAUAUAUAUACGAGUCGAAUCACGCCGCAUCCUUCGCUCAAUCGGCAGUACCUUCGCUACAAGACUAUACCUUCGCUUGACUCCAGACAAGCUCUCCAGUCACCCGUUUUCUAUAAUCUUCAAACGCGUAUCGCCUCUAGCACUGAGAACCUGCACGCCUUAAUCGUUAAAUGACCAUGCCAUCCUACUUUACUUUGCUUGCCGCGUUGCUUGCCGGCUCUGCAGCAGCUGGCGGCCACUACGGCAACCACUACGGCAACCAAACUUCUUCGGCUUCGUCCAGCUCCUCAUGGGCGCCGUCCAGCUCCUCGUGGGCACCGUCCAGCUCCUCGUGGGCACCGUCCAGCUCGUCGUCGUCGACGCCGUCGAAGUCCGCGUCUCAAAGCUGGCCACCACACUCGAGUGUGACCAAGAGCUCGAGCGCAUCCGUGACAAGCUCAUGGCCAAUCUCCAAGAGCACUGAGACGAUCACGUCGUAUACGACGACCACAGUCUGUCCCAUCACGACAACGAAAAAGCACGGCUCCACGUGGGAAAUCGUUACUACGUACACGACCAGCACGCUUACCGUCACCUCGUGCGUCGGAGGCUGCAGCCACUAUUGGCCUACCUCCGUCGCUCCGCCACCACCACCUCCGCCCAAGCCAACCACUGAGACGCAGAUUGAAACCGAGACCAAGACGCUCACAACUGUGUAUCCCACCACGUUGACCUCUACCAUCACCAAGUUUGUUCCGUGCAGCACGCCGGUUGCCACCUCAUCCGGCACGACGUAUUACAGCACCUGGCUGACGCACAGCUACAUUCCAACGACCUGGCUGACGACCGUGACCGAGACGUUUACCUCUGGCCACCCACAGCCUACCGUUGUGCCUCCCCCAGUGUCGCCGCCGGUGUGCCCACCUGCCGUCACCGUCACCGAAACCGUCACCGUCACCGCUCAGCCGGUCAAGCCGACGCCACCUCCAGUCUGCAACGAGUGCCACGUUGAGACCAAGACGAUCACCUGGGAGAACGGCCAGACGACGUGCGUCACGUACACGCAUACCAGCUACCCGACCCCGAGCUCCAAGCCAGCGCCUCCUCCAAGCUCCAAGCCGGUCCCGCCGGCCUCGUCGACGUCAGUCAAGCCCCCGAUGAGCACGGGCGCGUCUAGCAGCAGCAGCAGCAAGUCAGCGACGGGCACAGGCGGAAUGAGCUGGCACAAGCCAACGUCGGCCACCAAGGCGUGGUAGAGAGCUAAGACGGAUCACCGAGCACACUCCUUUGACGAAAGACACUUGUUCAUGACGGACCUUGACGACACUCCUUAAAUAACCACUUGUAAUGUUUUUUUUUGGGGGUUGAUACGACAAUCCUUUGAUGUAUAAUUUGCAUAACAUAGCGGCAGCAAUACGCAUAUAUGGGAUAGAGGCUUACAAAAGCAUUUGAAAACGGGCGUUUUCUUCUUUUUUUCCUGUUAAUAAAUUAAAAAAACUUUUCUUUUCCG